AUGGUUAGAAAAAAAAAAAAAAAAAAUAAAAUAAAUUUACUGUGCGCUGACGUCAGCGUGACGCCAGCGCUGACGUCAGCCAACUCGGGCUUCAGCCCGGGCAAGACUUGCCCUUGGGCUUGCUCGGGCACGUGGGACCCACCACCAAACCGGGCUACGGGCCCUGCGCUGGAGCUGUCUCGGGCUGCCUCUGGCAGCCUUUCCCCCCUAGCCUGGGCUGCGCUGGAGAUGCUCUUAGACGUGGCUGGAUUGGAGUUGGGGAGGUAA